AUUAGGUUAGAACUUGUUGAGGUGUUUUAUGGUGAUGCUGCAAGUUGUUUUACCGCGCUGACAGCAUUUUAUUUACUUUAAAAUAUACUAUACUUAUCAAAAGGAAUUAUUAUUUGCUUCACAUUUUAAUUGUUAUUGUUAAUUUUGAUAAAAAGUUAUAUUUAGAUUUAUACUGAAAUCGGAAUUACUCACUGACGACGUCAUCGAUCAUAAAGACAUAGAAUUUUUUUAAGUCAACUCUAACAAAAAGUGGAACGAUGACAUCUCAGGAUCAUCCUGAUCGCAUCCAAAAUACCUGGAGAAUGCUCUAGGAUAUCCUAAGCAUUCAGAAUGAUCUCAGGACAUUGUGUACUGUCAAGAAUAUACAGGCUCAAAAUUUAUAAUAUUGUGAUAUAAAAAUCUGGUAUCUGACAUUUACUUUCAUCGUUCAUAAAGAGAAUGAUCACUGCUGAUCAAUAGCCACAAUUUUCUAAUAAAGAACUACAUUUUGGCAAGAGAAAUAGAAUUUAAAUAAGAAUCAUAUAGUUACAUCAAAAUGUCUUCUAUAAUUGACGAAACAAAUCCUUAUAUACCUACUGAUCAGUAUAUUCAGAUGGAACAGUUAUUGCCAACCAGAUUUGGAAGAGAAAAUGAAGAAUACACAUCACAUGAUCUAACUUCUAUUAUUCCAUAUGCUACUUUAAGAAUGCGCAAUAUUACUCAAUUAUCUGAUGAAGAGUGUGCUAAUGCAAUUGCCAAUCACUUGCAAUCCAGUAAUAAAUUUAUGCAGGAUGAUCCUGCAUCAAAACGUUUUAGGAUGGAAACAUUAAGGGCAAUUCCACAAUGUCUUAGUGUAAAAAGAUCAGUUAAGUCUCAAUUAUUAGCAACUGCUCAAAGAACAAAGGAAAAACCAAUUAGUUAUUGGAAAUGGCUAAGAUACAACAUUAGUUUGAAGUUUAGGAAGAUUCGGAUGGCAGCACAGAACUCAUUGCAGACAAUGAAGUUGUGGCAUCAAACAAUUAAAGCCAUUGAGAGUCGCAAUGGAAGUGGUAUAGCAACAUACUUUAAAUUUCUGAGAUGGUUAUUGUUUCUUAAUAUAAUUUCCUGCAUUUUGAGUGUAUCCUUCAUUGUGAUUCCACAAUCACUGAGUCAAACACAUGUGCCAAGUGAUAUUAAGAUAAUGGACUUUUUAACAGGCAGUGGCUUUUUCUUUCGCACAAUUAUGUACUAUGGUUUCUAUUCCAAUGACACAGUAGACACACCAUUUGGUACCAAAUAUAGCAUUCCAUAUGCCUACUUCCUGACCUUGUUUUUUUGCUACACGCUUACGUUUAUUAUACUUUCCGUCAAAGUGAUAUCAUCAUAUAGAAAGUGUUACGUCGAAACACGUGGAAAAAUGCAUGAUCUGUAUAGCAGCAAGAUAUUUUGUGGCUGGGACUACAAUAUAUCUUCGCCGAAAAUCGCCGCUAUAGAAUCAGCAUCUAUCUAUAAGGAACUGGAAGAGUUGUUAGCUGAAAAGAAACAAGAAGUGCCUUUACAUUGGUUCGCUAAAUGCUCAUUAAUUGUGAUGCAACUUGCUGUAACAGCUAUCGUCUUAUUUAUGAUUUGCGGCAUUGGUGCACUCGUGUGGAAACUAUUAGAUCAUUACGAUAUAGGAACAUCUGGAUCCAUCUCGGUGAUGAUUGUACCAAUAGUCAUUACUAUUAUCAUUCACAUUUUCCCUGCAAUUAUUUCCUAUUUAGCAUUAUUGGAACGUUACAACAAUAAGCGCACGGAACUUUACAUAACGGUGGUCAGAAAUCACGCGGUUGCUGCAACAAUCUUCGGUAUUCUAUUCGCCUUUUGGAUAAUUAACAGUACAUCAGAUUGUUGGCAAACGGACUUUGGAAGCGAGAUUUAUCGACUCAUUAUACUGGACUUCAUCGCUUCCGUGUUUGGAGCGUGUUUGCAGUUUGCACGAGCCAUUUUAUACAAGAGGUUCUCCACGAAAAUCGGCAGGCCAGAAUUUGACAUCGCUCGUAGUACAUCAAAUCUGAUAUACAAUCAGACGCUUUUCUGGAUGGGCUUUUACUUCAGUCCAUUGAUUUCUUUAAUAAUUGUGAUAAAAAUGAUUGUUAUAUUUUAUAUAAAGAAAUACGAGCUGGAAAGAUGUUACCAACGGCCGUCCCAGCCUUGGCGAGCAGCACAAACACAAACGUUGUUCCUAGCGCUCGCGUUUCUCGGCAUUAUCGGCGUGUUGCUCACGAUAGGAUAUAUUAUUUCGAAUGUGGAAAGUAAUGACUGCGGACCGUUCAGAAACCACUCUUAUACUUGGGAUUUCAUUGUCGAUGGAAUGUUAUCGUUAAAGAGGGAUAGCAGAUUUUGGAGCGUCGUCUCCGAACUCGCAAGACCUGCAACUGGCGCUGCUAUCUUAAUUGGCAUGUGCGUUGCGGUCUAUUGUUUACGAGCAAAAGUGAAAGCUAGCAAGGAAAUGUUGCAAAUUCUGUCUGAAAUGUGUCUUCUGCAGUCUCAAGAUAAGCAGUUCCUCAUAAAAAGUUUCGCUAAUUUGGCUAACAAAGUUCAUUAUUUUCCAGGCUCUCGUUCUGUGACAAGCGACUCUACUCACAGCGGGAUUAAUUUUAUCCGACAUGUUAGAUUUACCAAGCGAAACCAAGGAGAUGAAAGAAUCUCGCUUUCUCGCCGACGUAAUUUGCCAUCGACCAGUUCCGAGAAAAAAUGAUUAUAUAGAAUAGUAUAUACUAGUUUGGAGGCAUACCGACAAGAUACGUAUUAGAAAUGUCAGAGAAUACUCCUAUAUAAUUAAAAGUAUUAUUGUUACUAUGAUUUGCCAAAGCUUAAAAAUUUAAGACUAUUAUACCAGGUAUGUAAAUAUGAAACCGGAAUUUUUGUA